UGAUUGGCCGGGAGCGGCGGGCAGCCUGCUCCUGAUUGGCCGGCGGGCCGUGGCUGAAGUUUCCUGGUUCACAGUUACUUUAAAUCUGUCCUGAGGACCGUCCGGAUACCCCGAGGACCCCGGAGAACCUGGACCCGAUGAGAAUGUCCCCCCGGUCGUCCUGCGCCGCCCUGCUGCUGCUGUGCUGCCUGGCCGCCGCCUCCCGGCCCUCCUUCCCCGGCCUGGAGCAGCUGACGGCGGCGGCGGGCGACAAGGCUCAGGCGAAGGCGGUGAUCGAGCUGCUGAAGCGGCUGCUGGGGAGCCGCUCCACCGACUUCGUGGUGUCGGUCAACCGGAGCCUGGCCGCCGACGGCCUGGACGUGUGCGAGCUCCGCUCCAGCCGGAGCAGCAAGGUGGUGGCGACCGGAAGCAGCGGCGUGGCCGUGGCGUCCGGCAUCUACAACUACCUCAAGUACUUCUGCAACUGCCAUGUGUCCUGGUCCGGGGACCAGCUGGACCUGCCCAGCCCGCUGCCCCGCCUCAGCGGGGUGCUGCGCAUCAGCAGCCCGCACAGGUUCAGGUACUACCAGAACGUCUGCACCUUCAGCUACUCGGCCGUGUGGUGGGACUGGCCCCGCUGGGAGCGCGAGAUCGACUGGAUGGCCCUGAACGGGAUCAACCUGCCACUGGCGUUCACCGGCCAGGAAGCGCUGUGGCAGGAGGUGUACCGCGCUCUGGGACUGAACCAAUCAGAGAUCGAGGAGUUCUUCUCUGGACCGGCCUUCCUGGCCUGGAACCGGAUGGCCAACAUGUUCCGGUUCGGAGGGCCUCUGCCGCAGUCCUGGCACGUCAACCAGCUCGUCCUCCAGCUUAAGAUCUUGGAGCGAAUGAGGUCUUUUGGAAUGCUUCCUGUUCUACCGGCCUUCUCUGGGAACAUCCCCAAAGGGAUCCUCAGACUUUACCCAGAGGCCAAUGUAACCAGAUUAGGGCCGUGGGCUCAGUUCAACUGCAGCUUCUCCUGCGCCUAUAUCUUAGACCCCCGGGACCCACUGUUCCUUCAAAUUGGCUCCCUCUAUCUGUCCCAGGUGGUGAAGCAAUUUGGAACAGAUCACAUCUACAACACCGACACCUUCAACGAGAUGACCCCGCCCUCCUCUGACCCAGACUAUCUCUCUGCAGUCAGUCGCUCCGUCUUUGCCUCCAUGACUGCAGUGGAUCCUCAGGCCGUUUGGCUCAUGCAGGGCUGGCUGUUCUUCAGUGAUGCGGCGUUCUGGAAGCCGGCCCAGAUUAAGGCCCUACUACAUGGAGUGCCCCUCGGACGGAUGAUUGUGCUGGACUUGUUUGCGGAGACGGAGCCAAUUUUCUCCUCCACCGAGUCCUUCUACGGACAGCCUUUCAUCUGGUGCAUGCUGCAGAACUUCGGGGGCAACGACGGCUUCUUCGGUACGGUGGAGAGCAUCAACUCGGGGCCUUUCACCGCCCUGAACUUCCCCAACUCCACCCUGGUGGGCGUGGGGAUGACGCCCGAGGGCAUCGAGCAGAACCCGGUCAUGUUCGAGCUGAUGAGCGAGCUGGCCUGGAGGAAGGAGCCGGUCAACCUGGCCAAGUGGGCGUCGCUGUACGCGGUCCGGCGCUACGGCAGCACGCAGGAGAGCCUGACCGCCGCCUGGAGGCUGCUGUUCGCCAGCGUCUACAACUGCACCGCGCCGCACUACCGCAACCACAACCACAGCCCGCUGGUGCGCAGGCCGUCCUUCCGCCUGAACACCGGGCUCUGGUACGACCCGGCGCUGGUGUGCGAGGCCUGGAGGCUCUUCAUGGAGGCGGCGCCGUCCCUCGUGUCCAAAGAGACGUUCCGGUACGACCUGGUGGACGUCACCCGGCAGGUGCUGCAGCUGCUCACCACGUCGUUCUACCAGGACAUCGCGGACGCCUUCCAGAACCAGAAGCUGCCGGAGCUGCUGACCGCCGGCGGCGUGCUGAUCUACGACCUGCUGCCCGAGCUCGACCGCCUGCUCAGCAGCGAUGCCAACUUCCUGCUGGGGACGUGGCUGGAGCGGGCCCGGUCGCUGGGCCUGGACGAGAAGGAGGCCCAGCUGUACGACCUGAACGCCCGGAACCAGCUCACCCUGUGGGGGCCCAGCGGCGAGAUCCUGGACUACGCCAACAAAGAGUGGGGCGGCCUGAUGGAGGACUACUACGCCCAGCGGUGGGCCCUGUUCGUGCAGACGCUGGUGGAGUGUCUGGACAGCGGACGGCCCUACAAGCAGGACUCCUUCAACCAGGCGGUGUCCCAGGUAGAGAAGGGCUUCAUCUACAACGGCCGGAGAUACCCGACCAGGCCGCACGGAGACACGCUGGAGAUCGCCCACAGGAUCUUCCUCAAGUACUACCCUCAGGCCCUGAAGAGGCUAUAGUCAGCUGGCGCCACCUGGGAAGGCCUGGCCCACGCCACAGCAAGAAGAAUGUCUUCCUCCGAACUCUGCAUGUGGAAAAGAAAAGCUCUGCACAUGCAGAAGAGUCGGAGAGUCUUCAUGUUGUUUCACUCUUUCUCACUGUUUCUAAUCAGCUCCGAUCAGAGAACACCCGGGAGUCUUCGGUCCUUUACAGCCGUCCUGGAAACUAAUCAUGCUCCUGUCAACGCUUGAUUUUUUUUUUUUUUUUUUUGGUUGAAAAACUCAACUGUGAUGAAAUAAAUGCAUUUUUAUAAGUUUAUGAGUUUUAUAUGAUCCCCAAGUGAUGGAAUGAAGACGAUGCUUCCUGCAGUGCGUCCCUCAGUCGGGAUCGGACAGGUUCGCUUCACCCUGCUGUAGUCCUGGACUGGGUUUCCCUCGGACCACUCGGAGCCUCUGGUGCUUGUUGGUUCUGCGGUGGACGUUCCUCACAGGAACAUCACACUCUGGCACUCUGUCCUUCGCUGUGGACGUUCCUCACUGAGCCCCGGCUGGACCACAAACUGAACCAAGGACGUCUGUCCACCAUUUACUCAGCAGUGGAGGGACACUGGAAGGUCUCAGCUCAAAGCUUUGAGAUCAGGACGUCUUGAAAUCAGUGUCAACGUUUAGAACGUCACAGGAAGUGACAAUGCUGUCAAGCUUCUGUUAGCGGUAUGAAUAACUCUGAACUAAGUUUAAACUUAGCUGAUCCACCAACAAUAGCUUUUACAAAAGAGAAGUCUUGUUCACAGGUCUGGACUGGUUUGAGGACGUUAGCCUUUGGGACGGUUCGUAGCGACCUGCUGAAUGCAGUUAGCUUAGCGUAGCGUCUGGUUCCUGUUUCAAAGCUUCCAUGGAGAAUUCCACUUGUAAAGAUGUGAAAACCGAAUUUAAAGAGGAGUGGUGCAGCUGAGAGACCUGAGGCACUGGGAGAUGGGGAGGAUGGGCUGGGUUCAGACGGUGCGUUUCAGAAGUCUUUCUAAAGAGAAAAAGUCCACAAGAGAACCCUUCCUGAAGCACCUCUAGGUGAAGUCCCGAAACAAAGAGGGAACUCCACAAUAAUCAAUGGGACCCGCCUUCACUUCGUCCUGCAACUUUUCUCCAAUUAAAAUUAUAUUUUUGUAAGAAACGUUUAAUGACAGUUCCUCAGUGUUUCUUGUAUUUUAGAUUUAUUCCUCUGGACUAAAGACGUGAUUCCAUGUUGUACAAAUGCUAUUUUUCUAUUUUUCACUGAUUAAAAAGUUGUGUGUG